AUGGCUCUUUCAACCCCGAUUAUCGUCGUCGGCUCAGGGCUGGCCGGCCUGUCUGCCGCCGCCCAGCUGCUCGCCCACCAGCUGCCGGUGCGACUGCUCGACCGCGCCGCCAAACCAGGCGGCAACUCGAUCAAGGCCUCCUCUGGAAUCAACGCGGCCCCGACCCGAUUCCAGCCAUCGUUCGGCGAUAAUGAGUCGGGUUUAGACGACGCCUUUCUCGCCGACACCGUCCUCUCCGCCGGUCUGCCCCUGGCGAACGCCACGGGAGACGAACGCACCCGUCGCGACACCCUGAUCACAACCCUGACGGAAUCCUCUUCUUCGGCGCUGUACUGGCUCACCGAUACUAUCGGCGUCGAUCUGUCGACUGUCGCCCAGUUGGGUGGACACAGCCACCCGCGCACCCAUCGCGGGCCGGGCAAACCGCCCGGCGCGGCGAUUGUGAGCACGUUGCUCGAGCGACUGAACGCAGACCCGCUGUUCACGCUGCAGACCGGGGCGACCGUGACAAGGGUGAAGAGGGAGGCCGACGAGGUGAUGGGAGUGGAGUACACGGUGGACAAUGGAGCAGAUUCGGAACCAAAGACGGAAACACUCAACGGACCUCUCGUCUUCGCCGCUGGCGGGUUCGCAGGCGACUCGCACGGCCUGUUGGCAAAGUACCGACCCGACCUGGCAGGACUGCCGUCGACGAACGAAGCCCGCCCGGGCGCGUUGCCUCUGCUACAAGAGAUUGGGGCGGGAGUGCUGGAUCUAGACCGCGUACAGGUCCACCCGACUGGAUUCAUCGAUCCGACAGAUCGAACGGCACGGGGCAAGAUUCUGGCGGCGGAGAUGCUGCGCGGCGAGGGAGGCAUCCUCCUAUUAAACGGCAGCCGGUUUGUCAACGAGCUGCAGACGAGAGAAUACAUCUCGAACCAGAUCAUGGCCACCCCCGCGACGGAGAACGACAGCGACGACGCCACCAAACAAUGGGAUGUGACGCUGGUGAUGGACGAGGGCACUGCCGCCGCGACAGCCUCGCACAUGGGCUUCUACAAAUGGAAGGGAUUAAUGCGCGCCGUCAAGGCAGAGGACCUCGACGCAACCACCCAAGACAGCAUCCAGACGUACGCGGACGUCGUGGCGGGCGUCCUCGCCGACCCGCACGGGCGCACCGCCCACGGCCACUGGACGCUCCGCCAGCUCACGCCCGACACAACGCUGUACGUCGGCAGCGUGACGCCCGUGGUGCACUUCACCAUGGGCGGCGUGGCCAUCGACGACCACGCCGCCGUGCUCGACGCCGCGGGCACCCCUAUUCACGGUCUCUGGGCCGCCGGCGAGAUCACGGGGGGCAUCCAUGGCCAGAACCGCCUGGGAGGGUCGUCGCUGUUGGAAUGUGUGGUGUUCGGGCGGAGAGCCGGGGAUGCCGCCGCAGAGUUUUACAGGCUGCAUUAUCUGGGUGAGUCGAUCUGA